GAAGGAGGGUUUCUCUCUAAGGAUAAGACUCCAAACUUUCCUCCCCUCUGUGUCCAUCUCUGUAGCCGUGUUCGGGUCGAAGAGAGGAGGAGGAGGAGGUGGAGGAAGGAGGAGGAUAAACGAGAAAAUGCUUGAAGAAUUUCAGACGGGGAAGUGUUGUUUGCCACAGGACGGACAUUACAGCCGCUUUUCGGGUGAAUUGUGACAGCGGCGCGGACAAAGUGCGACUCGGACGGUGUUGAAUGGCGGAGUUUUCUCCUAAAGUUGGGAUUUCCAAACGGUCGAAACCCACAGAGGGAGGAAAGAAGCAGGGGGAGGCGCUGAGAAAACGCCCUGCUGCCUGUUGCUGCUGCUAUCUCCAAAUUCAAACUUUCAAACCGAGUUGAGGGAAAAAUGCAUCUUUCACUUGACGGGAGGUGAAAAUCCAACACCGACGUCGUAUUAAAAUACUCCAAACUAGCUUGCUGCAUUAGUGACUGGUUUUGGGCAAUCUUGUGGGAAUAUUUUCGCUCAUUUUUUUUUUUUUCUUUACAUUUUUUGGUCAGUAUUCCAGUUGGGAGCUAUUUGGGUGGGCUGAGAGCCCAAAGGCUGCUCCUCCAGGCCUCUGGUCGUUAGCCAGGAACAAAAGAGGGGCUCCCAUGUAAGAUCCACACAGUUCCGAGGGAAACUUCCUUAUAAUCCCAGACAAACUUGGCUUUAAUCAACCAUGUCGCUGGGCGCCGAGAGGAGGAUGGAAAACCGGCUGAAGAGGCUGGAGGACAUGAUCAGAGACCCCCGAUCGGCCAUAAACCUGGAAAGUUUGCUGGACUCAAUAAAUGCACUGGUCUUGGACUUGGACUACCCGGCACUACGCAAGAACAAAAACAUUGAAACCUUCUUGAAUAGAUAUGAGAACGUUAUCGGGGAGCUUCGAGAUCUUCAGAUGAAGUCUGAAGACUUUGAAAAAGUUAAGAUCAUUGGUCGAGGGGCGUUUGGAGAAGUCCAGUUGGUCCGACACAAACCCUCACGAAAAGUGUACGCCAUGAAGUUGCUGAGCAAGUUUGAGAUGAUCAAGCGCUCCGACUCCGCGUUCUUCUGGGAAGAGAGAGACAUUAUGGCCUUUGCCAACAGUCCCUGGGUUGUACAGUUGUGCUGUGCCUUCCAAGAUGAGCACUACCUCUACAUGGUGAUGGAGUACAUGCCAGGAGGAGAUCUGGUCAACCUCACCAGCACCUACGACGUACCAGAGAAAUGGGCCAAAUUCUACGCGGCAGAGGUGGUGAUGGCUCUGGAUUCCAUCCACUCCAUGGGCUUCAUCCAUCGUGACGUAAAACCAGAUAACAUGCUGCUGGACAGACUCGGACACCUGAAGCUGGCCGACUUUGGCACCUGCAUGAAGAUGGAUUCUACGGGGAUGGUCCACUGCGACACAGCUGUCGGCACUCCAGACUACAUUUCUCCGGAGGUGCUGAAGUCUCAGGGAGGAGAUGGGUAUUAUGGAAGGGAAUGUGACUGGUGGUCCGUAGGCGUCUUCAUUUUCGAAAUGCUUGUGGGUGACACUCCUUUCUAUGCUGACUCCUUGGUGGGAACUUACAGCAAAAUCAUGGACCACAAGAACUCCUUAAAUUUUCCAGAUGAUGUGGAAAUCUCCAAAGAUGCCAAGAGUAUAAUCUGUGCCUUCCUGACUGACAGGGAUGUGCGGUUGGGCAGAAACGGAGUGGAGGAAAUCAAACGACACCCGUUCUUCAAGAACGACCAGUGGACAUUUGACACUAUCAGGGAUACUGUCGCCCCUGUGGUCCCGGAGCUGAGCAGCGACAUAGACACCAGUAAUUUUGACGAGAUCGAAGAUGACAAAGGCGACGUUGAAACAUUCCCCACACCUAAGGCUUUCGUCGGAAAUCAGCUACCAUUUGUUGGCUUCACCUACUUCAAAGAAGACCAGUUAUUAACUUCUGCCAACAAUUCCUCAGUGACACAUGAUAAUUCCAAAGGAGAGUCGGCAGCGCUUCAGAAGAAACUUCACCAUCUAGAGCUUCAGAUGAUUAAGGAUAAACAAGUUAAAGAUGAUCUGGAGAACAAAUGCAGAGCUGCAACUGUUCGUUUAGAAAAAAUAACCAAAGAACUUGAGGAAGAGGUUAGCAGCAGGAAGAGCCUGGAGUCAAAUCUGAGGCAGCUGGAGCGAGAGAAGGCCCUGCUGCAGCAUAAGAGCCUGGAGAGCCACCGCAAGGCGGAGAAUGAGGCUGACAGGAAGCGCUGCCUGGAGAAUGAAGUCAACAGCCUUCGAGACCAACUGGAUGACAUGAAGAGAAGAAAUCAAAAUUCACAUAUUUCCAACGAGAAGAACAUUCACCUGCAAAAACAGCUGGAAGAAGCCAACACGCUGUUGCGGGCCGAGUCUGAAGCAGCAACCAGGCUCCGCAAAGCUCAGACAGAUAGCAGCAAGCAGCUCCAGCAGCUGGAGGCCAACGUGCGCGAGGUGCAGGAUAAAUGCUGCCUGCUGGAGCGCAGCAAGCUGAGUCUGGAGAAGGAGUGCAUCAGCUUGCAGGCAGCGCUGGAGUCGGAGAGGAGGGAGCACCGCCAGGGCUCAGAGACCAUCAGUGACCUGAUGGGACGUAUUUCUGGGCUGGAGGAGGAGGCCCGCCAGCAGAGACAGGCCCUGUCCAAAGCUGAGACUGAGAAGAGGCAGCUUCAGGAAAAAUACACUGAUCAGGAGAAGGAGAUGAGCAACAAAGAGAUAGAACUGACCUACAAGCUGAAAGUUCUGCAGCAGGAGCUGGAGCAGGAGGAGGCCUCGCAUAAAGCCACCAGAGCUCUGCUGGCCGACAAGAGCAAGAUUAAAGUGACUAUCGAGGGCGCCAAGUCUGAGUCCAUGAAGGAACUGGAGCAGAAGCUGGCGGAGGAGCGAGCAGCUAAGCUGCGGCUGGAGAACAGAAUCCUGGAGCUGGAGAAACACGGCAGUAUGAUGGACUGUGACUACAAACAGGCUUUACAGAAACUAGAUGAGCUGCGCAGACACAAGGACCGACUCACAGAGGAGGUGAAGAACCUGACACUGAAGAUUGAGCAGGAGACCCAGAAGCGUAACUUGACUCAAAAUGACCUUAAGGCCCAGAACCAGCAGCUCAACAUUCUGAGAGCCUCAGAGAAACAGCUCAAGCAGGAAACAAACCACCUGCUGGACAUCAAACGCAGCCUGGAGAAGCAGAACCAGGAGCUGCGCAAAGAAAGACAGGACACAGACGGACAAAUGAAGGAGUUACAGGACCAGCUGGAGGCAGAGCAGUAUUUUUCCACACUUUACAAGACCCAGGUUCGGGAACUGAAGGAGGAAUGUGAAGAAAAAAAUAAACUCUACAAGGAGGUGCAGCAGUCUCUACAGGAGCUUCAAGAAGAGAGGGACUCCUUGGCAGCCCAGCUGGAGAUUACUCUGACAAAGGCUGACUCGGAACAGCUAGCCCGCUCUAUCGCUGAGGAGCAGUACUCUGAUCUGGAGAAGGAGAAAAUAAUGAAGGAGCUGGAGUUGAAGGAGAUGAUGGCUCGGCACCGUCAGGAGCUGGCUGAGAAGGACAUCACCAUCGGCUCACUGGAGGAGGCAAACAGGACUCUGACCAGUGAUGUUGCUAAUCUGGCCAACGAGAAGGAGGAACUGAACAACAAACUGAAGGAAGCAAUUGAAGAAUUGGAUAAGUCGAAGGAUUGGGAGCAGCAGAUCAGCCAGAUGAAGCAGUCAUUUGAGAAGCAGUUGCAGUCAGAGCGCACGCUGAAAACUCAGGCCGUCAAUAAGCUGGCAGAGAUCAUGAACAGGAAGGAAGUUCGUGGCGGAGGCAGCCGCCGUGGAAACGACACAGACAUGCGGCGAAAGGAGAAGGAGAACAGGAAGCUGCAGCUGGAGCUGAGGUCAGAGAAAGAAAAGCUCAACAGCACCAUGAUAAAAUACCAGAAGGAGAUCAACGAGAUGCAAGCACAACUAGCAGAAGAGAGUCAGAUGCGCAUUGAGCUGCAGAUGGCUCUGGACAGCAAAGACAGUGACAUCGAGCAGCUGAGGAAUCUGCUGCAGUCGCUCAGCGUUCAGUCCAUGGACUCUGCCAGCGUCAGCAGCGGGCCCGACUUUGAUACUGAUGAUGCUUACACAGAAACGAGGCUUGAGGGCUGGCUUUCUCUUCCCGUUAGAAACAACACUAAGAAGUUUGGAUGGGAGAAAAAGUACGUUGUUGUGAGCAGCAAGAAGAUUAUCUUCUACAACAGUGAACAUGACAGGGAGCAGUCCAUUCCCUGCAUGGUGCUCGAUAUAGACAAACUUUUCCACGUGAGGCCCGUCACUCAGACGGAUGUGUACCGUGCCGAAGCCAAGGAGAUUCCGAGAAUAUUCCAGAUCCUUUAUGCUAAUGAAGGUGAGAGCAAAAAGGAGCCGGAGUUUCCCGUGGAGCCGCUUCCCAUCGGAGAGAAGUCCAGCUACAUCUGCCACAAAGGUCACGAGUUUAUCCCCACACUCUACCACUUCCCCACUAACUGUGAGGCGUGCACCAAGCCGCUGUGGAACAUGUUCAAGCCGCCACCUGCUCUGGAGUGCCGGCGCUGCCACAUCAAGUGCCACAAGGACCACAUGGACAAGAAGGAGGAGAUCAUUGCUCCGUGCAAAGUGAACUACGACGUCUCCACAGCCAAGAACCUGCUGCUGCUGGCCUCCUCCCAGGAAGAGCAGCAGAAGUGGGUGAACCGGCUGGUCAAGAAGAUACCUAAGAAGCCUCCACCGGUGGAGCACUUUGGUCGCUCCUCGCCACGCACCUCCAUGAGAGUUCAGUCCAGCCAGUCGAUGAGGAGGCAGAGUCGACCGCUCCCCACCAGCAAAAGCAGCUCUCGGAGAUCAAAUGGGUUGGAAACAAAGCAUGAUGACUCCAGCAGCAUUUGGUACAACUAACGGCUCUUCGGAUCUUGUUCUCCAUGUAAAGUUCCUGAUUAACCCUGCUUGAUCCGUCUCCAAGGUGAUGCGGUUCGUUUCCUUUGAAGCUCCACCUGCAGAUCAGGAACUCCACAUCGAUUCACCUCAGUCCGUCUCCUGCUUCAUCCUGUGAGGAAACACUCUCCGUGUUGCUCAGCUCCUUUCAACCACUUCACAGCUACCGAGCUUGACUGUACUCUUUCCUUGCGAGCUGGUUGGCUUGUGAACAAAGUCUGCUGUGGUUCUGGAGUAGCUCCUUCAGCUCCCACCUAAAGCAGGAGAGCCAUUUGGAGAGGCUGGAUAUAUGGACAGGGAUUCACUUACCUCAAUGAAUCUCACCAGGAAACAGUCUGAUGGAGGGAACAUGCAGGAAAACCCCAGAACAUCACCUUUGGAGGUUCCAGUGGCCAAAAAUAAAACAUUCUGCUUAAAAACUGUGAACAGUUUGAAGGGUUUAAAGGGGGAUACGAGACCUAGAUGAUUCUGUUGGAUUUUAUUUUUCCCCCAAAUGUGUUUGUUUUCUCAACACGAUGAUUGUAACUUUUCGCUUUCCACACCUCUGGUUUCAGGUGAGUAACAGGACCCGAAUUAAGGUACAACAAGCUGUUAUUUCACAGAAGGGCACGGACUAUGGGGGGCAGUGUCUGAAUACUUCCUCUUCGGAGUAAAUCAUUCUCUGGGUGACUCUUAUUAUGAUUUCUGUGACUGAAACACUCGUUUUGUCUGCAGUUGUGGUUACAAAGUGAGCAGCAUCCUGCUCUGAUGGCAUUAAAAGGUGGAAUCGUACAAACCUGCACUGUCAGAUCCAAGGGAUGAUGUUUACCCGAAUGCACCGUUCAUGUUCUCCUUUCGUUCUGUUUGAAUGUAAAUCUGGUGGCACCCAGGCUUCGUAUUACCAAAUAUACUUGACUAAAGCUUUUAUUUUUCCAUCAGCUGCUUCGAUUGAACUUGCAUGCUUUUCACACGCCGUCACCCUGCCACAGGUUGAACGUAUGCAAACCUCGUCCUGAGCAGCACUAGUCCACUGAAGGUUUUGUCCUGAUAUUUUUGUAUUAAAAAUAUAAAACGUCUGUGUGUGUAUGUGGCUCAUACAAGCAACUGGAGAGUAAACUGUGUGUGUUUGUGUACCGACAGCUCCUCUUUAACCAAGAAGCAUGUUUUAUACAUAUAAAUAUCCACAGUAUAUAUUUUACAUGCCAUACUGUGCACAUAUUAUUUAUACAGCCUUGUCCACUUUGUAUUUAAGGGCCUUUACAUCCAGAUUGCAUGUUUGCUACCAAACAGCUCUAUAAUGAUAAUAUUAACCACUUAUCAAAAUAAAGACAUAGAUGUUUC